AUGGAGAAAAAUAGUUACAUAGGUAAUUAUAUCGGAUAAAACAUUUUUUGAGAUGGAAAGUAGUCACAAAAAAGCUAAAUCGGCCCCCCCGGUGCGAGCGUUGAGGACUCUGAACGGGGUUUAAAAGCGAAGUCCAAAAUGCAUGUAGACAUAGGUUUCGGUUUAGGUUUGCAUGAUAAAUUGCUCUUAAGAAAGAAAUGCUUAGCACUCUAAAUUUGUACAAAAGUUUCCAGUUUGACGAAUACUCUUCAAUCUGUCAACUUCCCUUGUCACUUCCAYUAUCUUCAAAAAGACUCUUCAGUAUCGUAUUUGACUGAUUGAGGACUUUGGACGCAGAAGAUGUCGGAGUUUGAAUUGUUACUCAACUGAUUAUACUGGAAACAAAAAAACAUUCAUAAACAUAAAGUCCACGGAUAGAUAAAUGAAAUAAUGCAGACAAAAUGGACCCUCAACAAAAGAUCUUUCGCGAACGUAUCAAAACUAUUCUAGAACGUUGGCUUGAUUGUUGUCAUGGUCAAAAAACGGACUGGCUUCRAAGGCGAAUUCCUAUAAUCGACUGGCUGCUAAAGUAUAACAUAAAACAAGACUUGCUCGUGGAUCUUAUCGCUGGUCUUACUAUUGGUGUUAUGCAUAUACCUCAAGGUCUUGCUUUCGCGAUGUUGGCAUCCUUACCGCCGGUGACUGGGCUCUACACAUCUCUUAUUCCAGUUAUCAUUUACAUGUUUUUAGGCACUUCUAGAUAUUUGUCUAAAGGUGCUUUCCCAGUCGUUUGUAUGAUGGUUGCGGAAGUUGUAAACAGAGAAGCUUCCAAAUUAAGUGGAUACGAGGCAAUUGCAUACCACAAUACCACUGACCCAACCCUCGUUGAAAGCGUAUGGAGUCCAGUUGAAGCAAAGAAAGUUGAAAUCGCAGUAUCCCUGGCUUUUCUCGUAGGUGUUAUACAGGCUGGCAUGAGCAUCUUACAGCUCGGCGUUAUAACUCGAUUCCUAUCUGAUCCGGUUAUCAGUGCGUUUACCACUGGAGCUGCAGUCGUUAUUAUCACGAGUCAAUUAAAACCUAUCUUUGGUCUAAGUGUCCCUCGUUACUCGGGAUUUUUCUCAGUUAUUAAGACAGUAGUCUCCAUGCUGAAAACUAUUACUAAUACCAACAUUGGCUCUCUUAUCACUGGAAUGUUAUGCAUUGCCAUACUUAUAGGCCUGAAGUACGUUAAUGAGCGAUAUAGUAAGAGACUACCUAUUCCUUUACCUGCAGAAUUAUUGGUGGUUAUUUUGAGUACAGGUAUUUCAUAUGGAGGACAGUUAAACGCUAAAUUUGACGUACAAAUAGUGAAAGAUAUCCCUACAGGAAUGCCUCCAGUCAGCAUUCCUUCUUUUAAUUUGAUGAGCAACAUAUUUUCUGAUGCUUUUAAAAUUGCAAUUGUCAUCUUUGCAACCAACAUCUCAGUAGCAAAAUUGUUCGCCAAGAAAAAUAAGCAGAAAGUUGACUCAAAUCAGGAGCUGUUUGCAUACGGCGUGUGCAAUGUGGUUUUAUCAUUUCUCUCUGGAUUUCCUGCGUCAGUUGCUAUUGCAAGAGUCGUUGUUAAGGCCAAUCUUGCACGUACUCAGCUUUCAAGUGUUCCCGUCAUAGCUGUUUUACUUUUGGUUCUGUUAUUUUUUGCGCAGUUAUUCUUUUAUUUGCCCAAGGCUGUUCUAGCAGCAAUCGUUAUUGCAAACCUGCUGGGACUUCUGAAGCAGUUCGCUACAGUGAAACAUCUGUGGACCAUAUGUAAAACUGAUGCAAUAAUUUGGUGUAUAACAUGUUUUGGAGUGAUUUUACUUGGAAUUGACAUUGGACUUGGGUGUGGCAUAAUCGCUGCUUUUAUGCGCGUUAUUUUACUAUCUUCAAAGCCAAAGUAUUCAAUUUUGGGAAAUAUUCCAAACACCGAUAUAUACAGAGAUAUUAAAUCCAACCCCAUGGCUAAAGAGCUUUACGGCAUCAAAAUCAUCAGAUUCGAAUCGUUUCUUUACUAUGCUAAUGUGGAAUACUUCAAAGAUGUUUUGCAUUCGAACAUAAAACACAGGGAACCCGUCAACAAUGAAUCGGUGGUACCAACUACUGUUGAUGUCCAUGCUACUGAAGAUAUGUCAAACACUAACAGAAAACAUCUCUGUCAGGAAGAGAGUGUUUCAGAAAGAAAUUCUGCAGAAAAAUUAUUUCUUGUCCAAGUGUCAUCACCCCUCCAUUUUGUAAUCAUCGACGCGUCAACUUUCACCUUCAUCGAUUCUAUGGGUGUAGAAGCUCUGAGAUCGAUUGCACAAGAGUUUAAGGURUCUGGUGUAGAACUGUACCUUGCAAACUACUCAAGAUAUCUGCAAAAGACGCUACAACAAAGUGGUUUUAUGGAAGAUCAACCAAUAGAAAUGUUUGCUUCUAUACAUGAUGCUAAAGAAAUCGAGAUUUCUUGA